AUGUUUGCCCCCCGAAGAGGUGUUGGAACGAGAGUCUGGGAGCUGUCACCGAUUAUGGUGAUGGCUCAAGCUCGCACCAUCGGGACCCAGGUCGACCCAUCCGACAGCUCACACCGCCAGCUGAUUCCAAUCCAAAUUGCCUUGGGUGUGUUGGCAAGGAAACGUGCGAAACGGUGCUGCGCUCUCAUCAAUUCGAUUGUUCUGACGGCGGAUCUUUCAGUUCUCAAUGGGACAGAGUUGGGAGCACAUCACGCCUUGUUUAUUUCUUUUCUUCUCUUUUUGUCGAAAAGAGUACCUCGGAGUUUGGUCGUCCUUGGCUACUAA